UAACCGCGAGAAGACGCGUGUUAACUUUUUUUCAAUCCUGAAAAAUUCUCCAAUUCCCGGCAAUCCGUUUUAAAAGUGAUUUAAUCCAUCGUUUUUUCUGUGCAGUUUAUCAAGUGUGACGAGAACCAGUAGAUAAUGGCUGACCAAUAUUCCGGCUACGGUGGUCCGCAAGAUUUCGGCGGUUCGAUGCAAUUUUCGGUACCUCCCCCGCCGCUUUCGUCGGGCAAUUUUAGCCAACCACCACCGAUGGGCGGUGGUGGAGGCGGCGGCGGCGCCGGUGGCUACAGUGCUCCUCCUCCUUCGGCUGGCGGUUAUGGCGGUCAGCCACCGAGCUCAGCAAUCGGAAGCGGCGGCUACGGAGCGCAAAAUGAAUACAAAUCCGGUGGUCGCGAUGGCGGCUACGGCGGUGGAAACCGUGACGGCGGCUAUGGCGGUGGAAGCCGCGGCGGUGCUGGUGGCUACGGAAACGGUGGAUCUCGAGGUGGUAACCAAUCAGGUGGCUACAGUGGCGCCGGCAACAAGGGUGGUUAUAAUAACAAAGAGGAUGGUGGUGAAAUGGUCACCCAAGAGGAUACGAUCUUCAUCCAAGGAAUGAGCACGGAAACGACCGAGGAGGAAAUCGCCGAGCGCUUCGGAUCGAUUGGUUUGAUUAAGAAAGACAAGCGCACCAUGAAGCCAAAGAUCUGGAUGUACAAGGACAAGGAAACGGGCGAUCCGAAGGGUGAAGCCACCGUCACGUACGAGGACGCCAAUGCCGCUCAGUCUGCCAUUGGUUGGUUUGACAAUAAGGAGUUCAACGGAUCCCUCGUGAAGGUUUCGCUGGCACAGCGCUACAACACCUGGCAGAACAAGGGCAGUAGCCGUGGCGGAUUCACCAAGAGCGGUUUCGGUGGAGGCCGUGGUGGUGGUGGCGGCGGCGGAGACCGCGGAGGUUACGGCGAUCGGGACGGUGGAGACCGUGGAGGCCGUGGUGGCCAAGGCGGUGGUGGUCGUUUUGGUAGCGGAGGUGGCGGAGGUGGUGGUGGUGGCGGCAGUGGCAGCGGUGGCCAGGAACGUGAAGGAGACUGGACCUGCGGAGACUGUAGCAAUAAGAACUUUGCCUGGCGAAACGAGUGCAAUCGGUGUAAGUCUCCGAAGGGUGAUGGUGCCGCUGGCGGAGGCGGUGGCGGCGGCGGUGGUGGUUUCCGUGGUGGCAGCCGGGGAUCGUUCGGCGGCGGCCCACGGAGCGGAGGUGGCGAUCGAGGUGGUUUCGGCAGUCGCGGUGGAAACCGUGGUGGCGAUCGAGGUGGUGGUGGUGGUGCCAUGCGUGGAGGUGACAGAAAUCGCGACCAGCGACAGAGGCCGUACUAAGCCAGAGUAUAUUCCAUACUAAGUGUAAGGUAAUUCCGCCGUCUCCCACGUUCAUCUUUAAUCCACACAAAUCACACAGAGACAAACAAUCACACACACAAACAAACGCAUCUUUGCAUCGAGAAAAAUGCAAUGUACGCUGGUAAUGCUUGAAUUUCCUAUUAAUGCAAAACUUGACGACAGUAUGAACACACUUCUUGCUUCCCAAUUUACUGGGAAGGCUUUCGAUUAUUUUAGAAGCUAUUAAUUCAUGAUUAAAACCAACUGUACAAGAAUUAGUUUGUAGGAAAAUACAAUUUCUUUGAUGUCGAUCGAAUUGCAUAGCGAUUACGCAUGCGAUCGAUGGAGUGAAACUAAAUAGACACCUCCCCCUGGAAGUUGUCGUCAUUUAACACUCGAAAUAAAUGUCGUGAAUGAUAAUGUAAAAAUAAACGAAUG